AUGGAGGAGGAGCUGAAACAGGCGCAGCCAGAGAAGGGGCGGUGGUGGUCAGCGUGGAGGAGGGGCCGAAACAGGCGUGGCCGGAGAAGGGGCGGGGGUGGUCAGCGUGGAGGAGGGGCCGAAACAGACGCGGCUGGAGAAGAGGCGAUGGUGGCCGGAGGAGGGGCCGAAGGAGCCUGGGCAGGCCGCGCCGCUCGCGGGGCCGCUUCCACGCCGCCCGCUCGAGCCGCGGCCGGGGAGAAAGCGGCGCCGGCAGCCAGCGCUCAGGAGGAGGCUGCACCCGCCUGGCCGCGCCGCUUGCGGGGCCGCUUCCACGCCGCCCGCCCAAGCCGCGGCUGGGGAAGGAGCCACGCCGGCACCCAGCACAUGGCGGGAGGCCGCACCCGCCUGGCCACGCCGCCCGCUGGAGCCGCAGCCGGGGAAAGAGCCGCGCCGGCAGCCAGCGCUCAGGAGGAGGCUGCACCCGCUUGGCCGCGCCGCUCGCGGGGCCGCUUCCACGCCGCCCGCCCGAGCCGCGGCUGGGGAAGGAGCCGCGCCGGCGGCUCCUUCGGCCUCCUCCUCCGCGCUGGCCGCGGCUUCAGCGGGCGGCGUGGAGGCGGCCCCCCGAGCAGCGCGGCCUGCUUGUUGUUGUUGUUAGUUGCUGCUCUGGAGCAGCAAGAAGUCGGGCGGCGGGUCGCUGCUGCCGCCGCGGGACAUGCUGGGCAAGGAGAGGGGAGGAGGAGAGUGAGUGAGGAAUCUGGGAGCCCUAAGCAACAGAGACUUAAUAAGCAGAAGCCAAAAAAGAAACAGCCAGAGGCCACAUUGGAAGCCAAGCCAAAGAAAUCCAAAGUGAAGAAGCUUGAGGAAUCGAGCCCUGCAGAGGAGACCACAGGCCGCACUCAGGCUGGUGUCAAAAAAGUGAGAAAGAAGAAGGAGGAAAAGUUAGAAGAAGCGGAUGAGAAGGACACGUAUGCCAAAUUCAUUAGAGAUCCCAAGAAAAAGAAGGAAAAUCCAUCAUCUCAUUUCAAUGUGGCCAAGAGCCAGAAAAAGAGACAAGAGGACUCUGAAGAGGAGGAAGAUGAAGAGGAGGAAGAGGUAGAAAGUGAUCCCCCAAAAAAGCCGAAAAAGAAGGUCCAUAAAGACACUCCAACUAGUGAAAGUAAGGAAAAGAAGUCCAAAAGUAAAGGAGACAAAGCUGAACCUGACACCAAGACCAAGACUUCAAAGACACUGAAGAAGGAGACGCCCUCUGUGUUCCAAGUUAAUGGGGACAAGAAAGAGAAAGACAAAAAGGUCAAAAAGAAAGUUCUGAAAAACAGCGAGGCUGAAGAUGAAUCUGAUUCCAACGCCAAGCCAAAAAAAACUGAGAAAAAGAAAAGCCCGGCAUCCAUGUUUCAUGCUGGGGGAGAAGGCCCCAAGGAGAAAACAAUUAAAAAGAAGGCUGCUGCCAAACCUACUGAAAAUGAAAGCGAGGAAGACCCCUCAGCAGCAACAGCUCAGAAGAACACCAACAAGAAAGGGAAAGGAAAGAAGUCCAAGAAGAAAGAAGAGAGAGCACCCUCUCCUGUCAUUGAAGUGGGCAAUCUGGAGGAAUUUGUAUUACAGCCGGCUCCUCAGGGAGUGACGAUAAAGUGUCGGGUCACUCGAGAUAAGAAGGGGAUGGAUCGGGGCCUCUAUCCUACCUACUACCUUCACCUUGAUAAUGAUAAAAAGGUUUUCCUGCUGGCUGGUCGGAAGCGCAAAAAGAGCAAGACCUCCAAUUACUUGGUUUCUGUUGAUCCAACAGACCUGACUCGCGAUGGAGGGAACUUCAUUGGAAAGCUGAGAUCCAACUUGAUGGGCACAAGGUUUACGGUGUUCGAUAAUGGUGUCAAUCCCGACAGAGCAAACUCCGAUUGGUCAAAUGUGCGCCAGGAACUCGCAGCGGUGGCUUAUGAGACAAAUGUACUGGGAUUCAAGGGACCUCGAAAAAUGACAGUGAUCAUCCCUGGAAUGAAUUCAGACAAUGAGAAAAUUCCAAUCCGACCCCGAAAUGAUAAUGAUGGGCUGCUCCAAAGAUGGCAAAACAAGUCAAUGGAAAACUUAAUUGAACUGCACAACAAAUCCCCAGCGUGGAAUGAUGAGACCCAGUCCUACGUGCUGAACUUCCACGGCAGGGUCACCCACGCCUCGGUCAAGAAUUUCCAGAUUGUGCACAGCAAUGACCUUGACUACAUCGUCAUGCAGUUUGGCCGGGUAUCUGAUGAUGCUUUUACCAUGGACUACAACUACCCACUUUGUGCAGUGCAAGCUUUUGCUAUUGCCCUGUCUAGCUUUGAUGGGAAGUUGGCCUGCGAGUAGCACUCCUCAGAUCCUAUC